AUGACUGAUCAAAUGAGAGAUAUGAUUGCUCAGCUUAUGGGAACUGACAAUUUGGAAGGAAAAGGUAAACUUUGCCUUUUUUCACAGAAAAAUUUUUAUUCGAAAAAACUCCCCAAAAUUUCUAUAUCGAUUUGUUUUUCCAGAAAGACCUGGUAUCCCAUACGAUCAUCCAAAUGUAUGCCGCGCUUAUCUUCUCGGAAUAUGUCCGCACGAUUUAGUACCGGACAGUAGAUUACAGGUUAGUUGAUUAUGUUCUUUCUGAAUCUAGACAGAAUAUUUCAAAUCCCAUUUUCUCCUAAAAAGCUAUCUAAUGUUAGGUGCAAAAACAACACGCAUUCUUCCGGACUCAGAAUGUUUUUUGUGAGUUUUGAAAAUAACUUUUUUUACUACAUGUUUUCUAAAAUCAAUCGAAAAAUCCCCCAACUUCUUCUCGUUCUUCCUAAAAUACGUGAGUUUUGUGCAACAGGCAUAAAGUGAGUCAAGGAUUUAUUAGAUCUCAAUUAAUAUUUUUUCGGAUUUUCGUUUUAGUAAGGUUUGAUUUUUUGCAGAGUGUUGUUUCUUGCCGAAAAGUUCACGAACCUGCGCAUAAAGCUGAUUUUGUAAGAGCUCAAAGAGUUAAAGAUCACUUCUAUGAUGUUGAUGUAAGUUGAAAAGUCUAUAGUGAAUCCGGAAAAAAUGUGAUAUUUUAGGCUUAUGAAAUUCUCGAAUACGCAGUUCAUCAAGUUGAUAUUGAAGUAGCAAAAGUUCGCGAAAAAUUGGAAGAUGAUGUGAAACUUCAAUCGAAUGCUGUUGCCGAUUCGAAAGCAGCAAAGAUUUCAGAAUUGGAGGAGAAAAUCGCGGCGGUAAGAAUUAUUUGUUGAAUUUUGGAAUUUUAAAUUCUAUUCGUCUUCAGAAUGUCAUUGAUAUCGAAAAAUUGGGAAAUGAGGGAAAAAUCGAGGAAUCGAUGCGUCUCCAUAAAUUAGUUGAAGAAAUGCGUGAACAAGUGAAUGAUAUAAUCAAUCAAACCGAAUUCAAAGUCGCUGGACCGGGAUCGAAUGCGGCAAAAUUGCGAGUUUGUGAGGAUUGUGGAGCACAAUUGAAUAUUAUGGAUCAUGAGACUCGAAUUGCGGAUCAUUAUAAUGGAAAAAUGCAUAUUGGAAUGGUUGAGACACGUGAAACAUAUUUGAGAAUGAAGGAGACGAUUGAAGAUAGAAGAAAUGAGAGAUCGGAGAAGUUGGGAAGUCGAUAUUCAUCCAAUUAUAGUUUUAAUCGACAUGGAGGAGGAGGAGGAAGAAGUGAUAGAGAUAGGUGAGGUUUUUUGGAGAAAUAUUUGAAUCGGGGUAGAUUUGGGUGAUAUAGUACUAAAUUUAAAAUUUUUGUUAGAACGAUUAGAAUUCCGAAUUUCAACCCUUUUAACCUGAUUUUCUUGGGCCUGAUGAUAAAUAAAAAGGCCCGAUAUUUGGGACCUAAAUCCAGAUUUGAGGCCCAAAAUUUUUAAAGCUUUAAUUCUAGCUUUUCUAGGAAUUUCAAGACUUUCCUAAUAUUGUACAGAAAUGUUUUGAACAAUUUUUCGCUCCGUGAAAAUAAAAUCCCUUCAUUACACUCUUCAAAUAUCCGAUUUUCAGAAGAGACCGAGGUGAUUAUAGUCGACGUGGUGGAGGUGAUCGUCGUAGAAGCAGAUCUCGCUCACGCUCAAGAGAUCGUGCAAAUAGUUAUAGAAGUGGAGGACGUGAUGAUCGAAGAUAUAAUCGAGAUGAUAGAAAUGGCGGAAGAGAUCGGUUUGUUGUUUUUCGAACUUUGUGAAUUUUUUUUCAAAAACAAAAAUUUAAUUGCAGACGUGACGAUCGACGUGACCGACGCUAUUAA